AUGUUUGCCAAAUUACCUAGUCGACCUGGGACAGCAAAAGAAAUAUUACCUUCCACAGACCAUUCUCAUGGCGUAGAGACAGAGGGAGAGAGGAGAGGGGUUAGAGCGGGCGAAGUUGAGAACGAGAUAGAAAAGGUAGAGGAGGAAGAGGAGGAGGAGGAAGAGGGGGAGGAGGAGGAGGAAGAGGAGGAGGAGGAGGAGGAGGAGGAGGAGGAGGAGGAGGAGGAGGAGGAGGAGGAGGAGAUGGACAGUACCAGCAACUACCACUCUGAAUUGGAGGAUGACUUAUUUUCUCUCACAGAAAGUAUCACUGAUUAUCCGAUGUAUACACUCGCUUUGGAUUAUCGGUUGUUUCUUGCUCCCAUUAGUGACAUCCCUCAGUAUAUUCUUGAUAUGGGAACAGGAACAGGUAUCUGGGCGAUAGAAUGUGCCGACAUUCCACCAAAUUGCAUUUUUGAGAUUGACGACUUUGAGAAAUGGGAAUUGCCAUACAAAUUUGAUCUCAUCCAUGGGCGUGAGUUGGACGGUUCAAUCUACAACUGCGAAAGACUGUGCAGAGGAGCUUUUGAGCAUUUAAAACCUGGUGGAUACUUUGAACUCCAAUCACUUGAACACGGCUUCCUUUCAGAUGACGAGACGCAUAAAAAUGCUGUACAUGCACUUGAAUGGCAACAGCAUAUCAUAGAGGGCCGGAAUAAGCUGCAAAAGCCUUUCUGUGGAGCAACUAUCUGCACACAAAGGAUGGGAAAAGUUGGUUUUGUCAAUAUCAAAAUCCAAAGAUUCAAGAUUCCAAUAGGACCAUGGCCAGAAGGCAAUAAAUUGAAGCAAUUGGGCAUUUUUGCUCUUCAGGAUAUUCUGGAAGGACUGGAAGCAUUCUCACUCCAUGUCUUCACUCAGGGUCUUCAGUGGUCAAUGGAUGAAUUGCAAGUAUGUCUGGCUCUAGUGAGAGAUGAUCUGAAAAGAGAGGGACUUCACAUAUACCGCGAAUUAUAUGUGAUAUACGGGCAAAAGCCGAAAGUGAAGGAGUAG